AUGGACGCCGACACCCUUGAAAUAUUAUUGCGGCAGCAAAAUAAAAUUUUGGAACAACUAACAAAAAAAAUUGGUAAUGUUUCGGAGGCCAGCUCUACUACGGAUAACACAGAGUUAAUUAUUGAAUCUUUAGCUAGAAACCUAAUGGAGUUUGUACCAGAUUUGGAUAAUAACGUUACUUUCGAUUCGUGGUUCAGAAGGUAUGAAGAUUUAUUCCUUAUAGACGAAGCUAAGUUAGACGACGCAGCUAGAGUUCGGUUACUGCUUCGAUAUAAAUGCUUUCAAAUUUCAAAAUCUGAGACGGACGAUUUUCUUACUUAUUCCGGAAUCGUAAAUAAACAAUGUGAAGAUUUUCAAUUAAAGAAAUUAUCUGAAAAUCAGUUUAAAUGCUUAAUGUUUGUUAUUGAGUUAAAGUCGGCGCAAUAUUCCAACAUUACCACUCGACUUCUAUCUCAAAUUGAUAAGGACGAUAAAGAUGAUAUAUCAUUGGAACAGUUAGUAGAUGAAUGUCAUAAAAUAUUAAAUCUAGAAGCAGAUACGGCAUUAGUUGAACAAAAUUCAUCACAAGUCCAUACUGUUUUUAAUAAAAUCAAAAAUUCAAAUCUUUAA